AUGCUUUCUGUUACAAACAAAUAUUUUACUGAUGAAGCAGACGAACGACACACCAUCCAACAAAUGGAGAAGAAAUCUUACCCGAGUGAUGUCUGUGACAAGUCGUUCAGCGAAAGUAUCAAUUUGACGAUACACCGACGUUCGCAUACUGGCGGAAAACCAUACACAUGCGAUGUAUGUGACAAGUUGUUCUCUAAAAGUGGCAGUUUGACGAUACACAAACGAUUGCACACUGGUGAAAAACCUUACGCAUGCGAUGUAUGCGGCAAGUCGUUCGCUGUAAGAGGCUCUUUAACAAAACACCAACGAACACACACUGGUGAAAAACCGUACGCAUGCGAUGUAUAUGACAAGUCAUUCUCUGUAAGUAGCAAUUUGACGGUACACUAA